AUGGGUCUCCUAACUACUCAAGAUAAAGAAAUUAUAAAGAGAGCUCUACCGAAGGGUUCCAAUAAAAUUUUGGAUGUCGCUGUGGCUAGAUUAUACAUUGCAUACCCUGAUCGAAAUAAAUGGAAAUAUACAGGUCUAUCUGGGGCUCUUGUAUUAGUCGAUGAUUUAGUCGGGAAUACUUUUUUCUUAAAAUUAAUUGAUAUAUAUGGACAUAGAGGUAUUAUUUGGGAUCAAGAACUUUAUGUUAGUUUUGAAUAUUACCAAGAUCGUACAUUUUUUCAUACUUUUGAAUUAGAAGAUUGCUUUGCUGGAUUUUUAUUUGUUGACAUUAGCGAAGCACAACAUUUCUUAAAAAGAGUUCAAAAACGUGAAAAAUAUGGUUCAAGAAAGACUUUAAUGAAUAAAAAUGCAAUUGCAAUGAAGAAAAAAGUCACAAAGGAGAAAGCUCAAAAUGUAUCACAAGGUCCAAGAGGUGAAACUAUUAUGGGUGAUCAAAGGAAAAGAUAUAAUUAUAAAAAUGUAGAACAUAUUCCAGAAACUAGGAAAAAAGCACCUCCACCCCCACCUCCAUCAGCUGACACAGCAAAUACUGUUGACAAUGAUGAUGACUAUGAUACAUAUCAAAAUUAUUCUGAUGAAGACGCAUAUGAUAAUGAUGAAGUUGCUUCAUCAAUUCAGCAAAGUGACGACGCUAGAGAAGCCUCAGUACCAAGUACAACGGAAGUCCCUAGCCAUACUGCACCAAUGAUAAAACACAGUAUCCCACCUUUACCGGCGGAGUUUGCGCAUCCAAUUGGACAGGCUCCACCGUUACCAGGCCAAACUCCAACUCAACCACAAUCAAAGAACCCAUUCCCAAUGCCAGUACCGCAACCUACCCAACCCCAAUCAAAUAAUCCAUUCCCAAUUCCAUCAAUGCAACAACAAACUCAAGUUCCACCCUCAUUCGGUAACGCUGCGGCACAAAAUGGAAGACCACUACCACAGGUACCAGGUGUGGCUGCAAACUCUGUACCAUUACCUCCAAGAAAUGUCCCACAACAACCUACAUUUGGUGCACAAACUCCAAGACCUCCUGCAUUUGGGAUGCAAUUGCCACCAAGAACAUCGAAUGCACCAGCACCUCCUCCGCCUAGAAGAGGACCUGCUCCACCUCCACCUCCACAUAGACAAGGAGGUCCGACAGUUCCAAUGGGUGCCAUAACAGCAAAUAACACUAAUAGACCACCAAUACAACCCCCUGUUCCAAGGAGAGGGCCUGUGCCACCCCCACCUCCAAGAGGUGGAGCUAGAACCAAUAUAGCCACACAAUCUCCACUACCUGGUGCGCUACCACCUAGGUCGACUAUGCCAAUACCCGGUAUGGCGCCCGCAACUACUACUAAUAAUAUGGGUUAUGCUAUACCUGGAAUGACCCAAACUCAACCUACAGCCACACCACCAAUGACAACAUUUAACACAGGUAUCGAGACACCUACACCACCACCUACAUCAUUUGGAAUGCCUAUGCCACCUGCGCAACAACCAAUGGCUCAAGCCAUUCCAACACCACCUCCAGCCCCACAGAUGCCUCAAGUUUUUGCAGCACCUCCUCCAGCUCCACCAAUGCCUCAGGCUUCUGCUGUACCACCUGCACCAGCUAUGCCUCAAGCACCUCCAAUGCCACAAAGUAUGGGUGUCGGAGCUGCUAGUGCUGCACCAGGACCACCACCACCUCCACCUGCAUUCCUAACACAACCUCAGGAAGGUGCUCCUCCACCAGCUCCAGCACCACCUCCAAUGGGUGCGCCAAGUACAAGCAUGCCAGAGACUACAGGAGAUACUGGCAGAGACGCAUUAUUAGCAUCUAUUAGAGGUGCUGGUGGUAUUGGGGCAUUGAAAAAAGUGGACAAAUCUCAAUUAGAUAAACCAUCUGUAUUACUACAAGAAGCUAAGGGCCAACCAGUUACAACGACAUCAAGUUCUGCACCUGGUGGGCCUCCUGGAGGAGGACCAGGUGGUUCAUUAGCAGAUGCUCUUGCAGCUGCAUUAAGUAAAAGAAAGAACAAAGUCGGAAAUGCGGAUGAUGAUGACAAUGCCGACGAUUGGUAA